AACCCCAACAAAUUGAUCCCUGAAAAGGGUCUUUCGGAAAUCGUCUGUGCUGUAAUGGGUCACGAAGUGGUUGCUGUGGCUCCAUCGCCGCCGCCGCCGACGUCUUUGGCACCUGGGUUUAGGUUUCAUCCCACGGAUGAGGAGCUGGUGAUGUACUAUUUGAGGCGGAAGGCUUGUAGGAAGCCGUUUCGGUUCCAAGCUGUUUCCGAAAUCGAUGUGUACAAAUCUGAGCCCUGGGAGCUUCAAGGUUAUUCUCUGCUGAAGACCAGAGAUCUAGAAUGGUAUUUCUUCAGUCCUGUAGAUAGGAAGUAUGGUAAUGGUUCACGACUGAACCGUGCCACUGGCAAAGGGUACUGGAAGGCAACCGGAAAGGACCGGAAAGUACGUCAUAAGUCACAGACAAUCGGGAUGAAAAAAACUCUAGUCUUCCAUAGUGGACGAGCUCCAGAUGGAAAGCGGACCAACUGGGUAAUGCAUGAGUACAGACUUGUGGAUGAAGAAGUAGAGAAAGCCGGAGUAGUGCAAAUGGUGAUAUUGAAAGUCAAAAUUUAG